GACGGAGGAACAGAACAGAUGAGACGCUCCGCAGCUGAGACCCGGAUCCAGAUGCUCGCUUCACUUCAGCACCACUGCUGAGGAGCUUCUCUCCUGUGCUCCUCCCGUCUGUGGCAGCCGGCGCCAUGCUCCCGCGUAACCUGCGAACAGGUGGCUAUGACCUGCCGGGGGGGGGCUCCAGCGACGUGCCUCUCAUUGGCUACCGGCCUCUACCGCCUGACGGUGCCCCCCCGAGCCACCAAUCAGGCAGCGAUGAUCUGGAUGCUUCCCAAGCAGAGCCCUCACCGAUGAAGACGACCUGGUACUGUCCUCUGGACCUGUCCACUGUGCUGGAGGAAGAGGAGGAUGGAGUCAUCUACACCGUGGUGGUCAAGCAGCAGCAUGUCGGCCCCACCAGUCCAGUGUCCCGGGUGUCUCGCUCCCAGUGUAUGAAAGCAGGAACAGAGGAGAAGCUGGUGCUCCACCUCCUCCACUCCUUCGCUUUGGGAGACUCGUCCUUCAUCACCAUCUUCCUCUCCACCUAUCGCUCCUUCACCUCCACGGAGAGAGUGCUGGAGAUCCUCACCGACAGAUUGGAGAAUCCGCCAGGGGACAGCGAGCGGAGCCACAUGAGACAGGCUUUCAACAAGGCGGUGUGCACGGUGUUCAGAACAUGGCUGACCGAGUUUCCCGAGGACUUCAAGAGUUUGAAGGAGCCCUCUCGCCUGCUGCGUCUGGCGCCCCUGCUCCCUCAGGACUCCUCCUCUGCGGCCGACCUCCGUGCUCGCCUCCUCCGGAUCGCAGAGGAGCUCAGCGAGAAAGCCCUGCUCCCCGACACCCACAGAGAUCAGAGCGGUUUCCCCAGCUCUCCGCCCGACGCCUCCAAGUUUGAACCCACCAGCAUCCUGGGAUUUCCUGCACCGCUCAUCGCGGAGCAGCUCACCAGGACAGAGACGGAGCUGUUUGUCCGUCUGGUGCCGUACCACUGCCUGGGCUCGCUGUGGUCUCAGAGGGACAAGAAGGGGCGGGAGGGCGUGUGCUGGUCCGUCCGGGCCACGGUGCGGCAGUUCAACAAGUUGGCCAACGCGGUGUUAGCGUCGUGUCUCUGCCCGACGACGCUGCGCAGCCAGCAGAGAGCACGGCUGCUGGAGAAAUGGAUCAGCGUGGCAGAGGAGUGCCGAGGACGAAAGAACUUCUCCUCGCUGUACGCCAUCGUUUCGGCGCUGCAGAGUAACCCCAUCCACCGGCUGAGGAAGACGUGGCAGGACACCGACAGGGAGGUGGUGAAGAGAUACGAGGAACUGUCAGAAAUAUUCUCUGAGAAGGACAACUACUCUCAGAGUCGAGAGCUCCUGAAGGAGGAGGGAACCUCAAAGUUUGCCAACACGGAAAACAGGCUGAACAACAGACAUUUUAAUAAGUCCGCCGCCAUGGGCACCGUGCCCUACCUGGGCAUCUUCCUCACAGACCUCACCAUGCUGGACACCGCGGUCAAAGACCGGCUGGACAAUGGCUACAUCAACUUUGACAAAAGGAGAAGGGAAUUUGAGGUUUUGGCUCAAAUCCGCCUCCUGCAGUCGUCCUGCAAAAACUGUGUUUUCAGCAGGGACGAGUCCUUCAUGCACUGGUAUCACAGUGUCCCUGCCCUCAACGAGGAGGAGAGCUACAGACUGUCCAAUGAGAUCGAAGCACCCGGCGAGCCGAGCCCACGCGGCCUCACUCCGACAGUCAUCAUCACACAGUGUCCAGACCUGAGCAGCUCGCGGACAAGUCUGGCCGGCGACAGCGACAGCCUCUUUGACUUCCCCUCGCCCGUCAAUCACCUGCUAUCAAAACUCACAAAGCACAUGAGAUCUCCAUCUGUGUCCUGUCUGGAUGUGGAAAUCUCCCCUCCCACCGCCGAGUCCACCCCCGACACCCUGACUCCAUCCACGCCCACAAAGUCCCACCGCCGAUCGGCCUCCUGCGGCAACAACCCCCCCAACAGCGUGCAAGGGUCCGGGCCAGACAUGCGGAUCAUCAGGAUAGGGAUGGACCUGCACGAUGGGAACAUGUACCGGAGCAUUCUGGUUACGAGCAAUGACAAGACCCCCACUGUGAUCAGCUCUGCCUUAGAGAAGCACAAUCAAGACCCCAAACAGACGGCCAAGUACGAGCUGAUCCAGCUCCUGCCCGACGCAAAAGAACUGGUCAUCCCCGCCACAGGAAACGUCUUCUACGCCAUGACAUCAUCCAGCGUUGACUUCCUGUUGAGGAGGAAAGGCGGGAACACUCCUCUUGGCUCACAUCCGAUCAGCACCGAGACCAGCGCCACGUUUCCUCGAAUCAAGGCCAAGGGGAGGAGGCUGGUCAGGACUCUGUUUUGACGUCAGAUCUUUGUUCACGGUGAACUUUUCACUUGUCGCCCCCUGACAAAACACACGGGGGG